AAUCGUCAGGAGAGUCUCAGACGAGUUUUCGUAACCAUCGCGGGAAGAAGUCAGCCGCUCGUCGUCUCUCGGGGUCCUCGAGAGGAGGAGGUGGUCUCUCAAAGCUCAUUUCAGAGUCGUUGGAAGCGACUCCGCAGUCUCUGGACUCCCGAAGGCUCGUUCCUGGCUCCCCCCUUUGGAUCAGAAGCUCGUCUGUUGGGAGCCUUUUGCAGACUUCCAAUUCGCAAGCAAGGAUCUUGAAGAGGGUACAAGUGAUUCGUGGUGACCUCUGAAAAAAACUCUCUCAGACGCUCCCCUUGCGGCGUCAGGGUCGUGAGACUUCACUGAAAUUGAGAGAAGUUGAGGGUCGGAAGUUUCUUUUUUUUUCAUAUUCGUGGUGGAUAGCCUCACUACGCGAGCCAUCAUGAGCGGGAAGUUCAUUUGCCUUUUCAUCCUCGUCAGCAUUUUUGCGGUGCACGUGGCUGAAGCCAGAAGAAUGAGACGGGCAAGGGUCAGGGUGGCGUGAAGCAAUCGCCUUGUGCAGCUGCCGGAGGCUCUUGCCGAGAGAGCAACAAUAGAUGCAGAAACGUUCUGUCCGAAGAAUGUCCCAGUGGCAAGGUUUGCUGCCAAAGGAAAUCUGGCGCAAAUAAAUCAUUCAGUAAGCUGGAUGAACGGCCCAGGAGACCAGAGAAGCCAGGCCCACCCGCGGAUAGAGGUCCCAUUGGCGAGAAGCCCGCCCAAGGUCCCGGGCACUACAAGAAGCCGAAGAGGCUCAACAACAAACCAAGCGGUGGCCAAGAUCCCAAACCAAAGAAGCACAAGAAGCCGAAGAGGCUCAACAAAAACCAAAGCAAGCGGUGGCCAAGAUCCCAAACCAAAGAAGCACAAGAAGCCGAAGAGGCUCAACAACAAACCAAGCGGUGGCCAAGAUCCCAAUCCAAAGAAGCACAAGAAGCCGAAGAGGCUCAACAACAAACCAAGCGGUGGCCAAGAUCCCAAUCCCAAGAAGCCGAAGACACAAUGGACAAACCCGUUGAAUAAACAGGGAGAUCCUCCGAAGAAAAAGAAGAAUAACGGGGACAAACAGAAGAAGGGAGACGGGAAACAGCCCAACAAGCAACACGGGACGAAACAGAACGGCGGCAAGGGAGGGAAUAAUAAGAAGGGGGUGGGAGGCGGCCAGAGUCUGCCUUCCAAAGACAAGAUCUACUGCAAGACGCUCUGUCAGAGUCGGAACGGCUACUGCAUGAGCAAGAAGCCCAAGAGCGGUGCCAAGGGCGAGGGUGGGGGAAAAACUCACGACACGUGUUACUUCCAGGAGAAGACCUUCACGGCGGAUUACUUCGGGUGCUUGGGGUCGUCCUGCGUCUGCUGUGCUCCUCCAAGUCCAGUGGCGGUCCAGCCGGAACCUGUUCCAGCGCAGCCAUGCGUCAUGACAGCGGAGUGCAUGAAGUUUAAGGGAACGUGCGUCUAUCCUGGAAUUGAGUGCAUAGGAAAAGUCCAUGGAUACUGUGACGGCCCGGCUGGGUGCCGCUGUUGUGAACAAGCCGGUCCUUCUUGCCCAGCCAAGCAGGACCUGUGCAGGUUUUGGGGAGGAACGUGUGGAACUCCUGGAAGCUGCAAGACCAACUUCAAUGAAGACAGAUGCCCUGGAACAGACUGCGCCUGCUGUUUACCUGAAGGCAUCACGGUUAAAGGAAAUUCCUUGCCGUGUGAACAGGGAGGAUCAACAGCAUCUUGUCAAGAGCUAGACGGGGUGUGCCGCACCAGUAGCUGCCCCAAGGGAACCAAAGCUAUCUCAGGAAUUUGUGAAAGUGGGGGCUGCUUCUGUUGCUUGCCCAAGUUGUCCUGUACUGCAAAGAAGAGAUGCACUAAGAAGGGAGGCACUUGCGUAAGUGCAGCUGCCUGUCAGGGGGAAACAUUACCAAAUGGCUGCAAAGGAAAGGACUGUGUUUGCUGUCUGCUGCAACCUACACCAUGUACUGCAAAAAAGAAAUGCAGUAGGAAAGGUGGAAGCUGUAAGGAGGGUGGCUGCCAGUCAGGUGAAACAGAGAUUCCCAAAGGGUGCAAAGGUGGUUCGUGCAGCUGCUGUACUUCAAGCACAUGUAAACAAACCAAGAAAUGCACGAGGUCCAGCGGAUCCUGUGUUUCAUCAGGUUCUUGCACCACUGGAGCAAUGUCUGGCUGUAAAAAAGGCUGCGAGUGUUGCGGUACUAGUACUGUUCCUCCUCCUCCUACACGGUGUACAGCUUCCCCUACCUGCACAAGCAGCAAGGGCAAAUGCACAAAAAAAACCUGUAGCAAAAAGAAACAAGAACUUCCAGGUCUCUGCACAGAUGGAUGCAGGUGCUGUGCUCGCAACAGUGACUGCAAGAAAUCGAAAGCUUGCACGAAUGCAGGAGGUGCAUGCACUAAAACCAAUUGCAAAGCCAACGAAACUGAACAAGCUGGUCUCUGCAAAACGAAUGGUUGCAGAUGCUGCGCUGGUGGUGUUGUCACUACUCCUGGUCCUGGAAAUAACUGCGCAAACUCAAAUGCCUGCCAAAACAGAAAGGGGAAGUGCACCAAAAGUAAAUGCACAAAAACUCAAAAUGAAGUGGCCAAUCUUUGUACAGGCACCGGUUGCAGGUGCUGUGUUAACACACCAAAUCCGCCACCACCAACGCAAAGGCCGACGCCCGGUCCCAGUCCCAGUCCCGGUCCAGUUCCCGUACCAGUCACCACGGCACCCCCGGUACCGGUGCGCUGCACAACGCUUGCCGCGUGCUCACAGCAGGGAGGGAACUGCACUACUCAGGUCUGCGCAGCGACUCAGCGUGAGAUACCCAACGGGUGCCAAAAUAGUACAACUUGCAGAUGCUGUGCUCCCUUAGUUGCACCAUGCAACCAGACAAAUAACUGCACCGCCGUAAACGGGACUUGCAGUGCAACCUGCCUUGCAAACCAGACCGAAACCCCAGGUUUGUGCGGUGGGGCUGGUUGCAAAUGCUGCGGAAGUCGCCUUCUUAUCCCUCCAACUGCUCCCCCUGGGAAUGGCAGUUUUGGCAAUGGUAGUUCUUCCAAUAGCAGUGGUGGUGGAAUGGGCGGCGGCGGCGGCGGCGGUUUUGGCAAUGGCACCUCUUCCAAUGGCAGCGGUAGUGGAAUGGGCGGCGGCGGCAGUGGUUUUGGCAAUGGUAGUUCUUCCAAUACCAGUGGUGGUGGAAUUGGCGGUGGUGGUGGUUCUGGUUCCAACUUCACCAACAAUGGAACUGGGGCUAAUCAAUGUCCACAAAACAACUCGUGCCCUGGGGAGUGUAGGAUCGGUACUAACUGCAGUCAGAUUCUGACCAGCGGGACUUGCAAUGGAACGAACUGUGUCUGCUGUGCAAACUGUCAAGCUCAACCCAACUGCACCAGCAGGAACGGCAAAUGCAAACUGCAAUGCGCAGCAGGUGAAACAGCCCUGGUGAAUGGAUGCACAGGGGUCAAUUGCACUUGUUGCAUUCUUAGUAGCAGCCUGGCAACUUGCCCGGCCACACCUCAACCAACUUGCGCGGGCAAGUGCUUGGAUCUGGCUGUGUGUCCAACUGUCGUCCAAAGCGGCACGUGUCCCUCUACGGCUAAUAAUACGUGUACUUGUUGUCAAGACUGUCAGCCCAAUGACGUCUGCAAACAGAAGAGUGGCGUUUGCAAGACAGCCUGCCUCAACCAGGAAUGGGAAGUCGUCAAUGGCUGCAGUGGUUUGAGCAAAUGUGCCUGCUGCGCUCCUCAGUCAAAUUUCUACAACUGUCCGGCGAGCAGCGCAUGUCCGGGAAGAUGCUCAGAUCCUUUCCGCUGCGAGACAGUCAUGAAUGCAACCUGUGAUGGAACAGGCUGUGUUUGCUGCUUGAAUUGCGUGAAACAGGACGGAUGUGCCCGCGUGAAUGGCACCUGCCGAGAGACCGGCACUUGCAAGGAGAACGAAACGAUUGUAGCCCAAGGAUGUACAGGAAACAGGUGUACCUGCUGUGCUCCACAAAACUGCUCAAGAACACAGUCCUGCGUGGAUGCAAAUGGCUUCUGUAGAGACACCAAAUGCAACACAGGAGAGAAUGAGAUUGCUUCUGGAUGUACAGGGACAAACUGCGUCUGUUGUGUUCUACCAGUUACUACAACUACUGCUCGACCAGCCAACAAUUCAGGACCAGCCAACAAUACAGGACCAGGUACCAAUCCAGCACCAGCCAACGGUACAGGACCAGGUGCCAAUCCGGCACCAGGUCCCAAUCCGGCACCAGCCAACGGUACAGGACCAGGUACCAAUCCGGCACCAGGUCCCAAUCCGGCACCAGCCAAUGGUACAGGACCAGGUACCAAUCCGGCACCUGGUACCAAUCCGGCACCAGCAAAUGGUACAGGACCAGGUACCAAUCCGGCUCCAGCCAAUGGUACAGGACCAGGUACCAAUCCAGCACCAGGUACAGGACCAGGUACCAAUCCGGCACCAGCCAAUGGUACAGGGCCAGGUACCAAUCCAGCACCAGGUACAGGACCAGGUACCAAUCCGGCACCAGCCAAUGGUACAGGACCAGGUACCAAUCCAGCACCAGGUACAGGACCAGGUACCAAUCCGGCACCAGCCAAUGGUACAGGGCCAGGUACCAAUCCGGCACCCGGUACCAAUCCAGCACCAGCCAAUGGUACAGGACCAGGUACCAAUCCAGCACCAGGUACAGGACCAGGUACCAAUCCAGCACCAGGUACAGGACCAGGUAUCAAUCCGUCACCAGCCAAUGGUACAGGGCCAGGUACCAAUCCAGCACCAGGUACCAAUCCGGCACCACCCAAUCCAGCACCAGCCAACGGUACAGUACCAGGUACCAAUCCGUCACCAGCCAACAGUACAGGAUCAGGUACCAAUCCGGCACCCGGCAAGUGAUUUGCGCUCUGUUGCCCUUAAACAGGAGCAUAAUUGGCCUAAAUCAUUCCAACCUUAUUUUCAUUUCACGUUGAACAAGACUUUUUGGACACUCAUAAGAUCCCUUCUCCCCUAAACUAACUUUCCAGUCUCUUAAAAUGUCAUCAUUGUCUCUGUUUUCAUGUCAGUUUUGGGGACCACCUCCGGUAAAAAAUCCUUUUUUUUAUAAUAACACAGGAACCAAACAAAGGCAGAGAUCACUAGAAGUUUACAUUUACGAAAAAUGAGAUAAUUUUAAAGAUUUCCUCUACAGGGCUGAAACAGUUGUUCUUUUCGAGCGUCCUUUUUCUUAAUAACAGGAGCAAAUUCAAGUUCACCAUCAUCAUGGCCGUUAAAACCAUUGUAUUGAAAGCUCAGUCACAAAUCCAUAAAUCCUCCACCGUUUGUUGCCCAUUGAAAAUAAUUUGCCAUGAGAUUUAAUAUCUGGGGGUAAUGACGAGUCCUGUUAACUAUAACGAAAGUGUUCUUUGCCUGAAUGCGUGCUUCCUUUUCACUCUAUCAUUCCUCACCAAAGCCCAGUCGAACUUAUUAUUACUAGUUGUAUGCAUUUGCACCAUAUUUAUUAGACUUAUAGCACUGAAUGUUAGUUUGUUUUUUCCAUAAAUGUUAACUGUGACAGACAUUCACAAGUUAGUUCUUAUAUUGUCUUAAAUGUUUCCCAAAUUCUUUAGAAAAUAUUAUUCAACGUAUUUAUUCUAAUUUGCAGCUAAUAAAAGUCAGGUGGUUCGUGUUGUUUUGACAUAUUCAUUUCAAGCAUUUUGUGUUUUGUGACUUUUAUUGAGGAUAAUGGUUUACUCUACAACAGUGAUUCCGAGGACAUUGACUCAGAUGUAUUCUUGUGAAGUUUAGCUUCUAUUAGUAGUAAAUAAUGGAAUGGAAAAUAA